CCGAGAAGAGCUAUAUUCAUGCAACUUCCCUUUCCAUUCAUUCCUCGCCUUCAGAAGCUAGCUAUCUAUUCUAGCCUGCAAGUUCACUCGCCGCUGAUACCAGACCGAGCAAGAGUACGCCCAAAAAUGGCAGACCGAGCGGUGGAACUGGGGCUUGAACUGGUAGACAAAUUAGUCGAUGCGCUGAGGGUGAAGGCCGUCCGUGCCGCAAUCACAGUGAUCCGGACCACAAGAUCGGACCAGCAAGCAGUACGGCCGCGGGCGCCACCGCGGCCGGAGGAGAUGUCGCUCAACAGUUACGCGCUACUUCGGGCGUACGUCUUGAUGGCGGUAACGGGGUUAGGCUUCCUGGCGCUCACAUGGUCAACGGUAGUCCUCCUCGGCGGCUUCGUCACCUCGCUGGGGAAGAAGGAUUUUUGGUGCCUCACAAGCAUUAGCAUGAUACAGGCUGCCAGGAUCUUCAACGACUCAGGGGACAACCUGUUCCCUAUAUUUGUGAACCUAAGGGAAAAGCUCAUGAGCAAAAUUUCUGCAAAUCCUUUACUAUUUCUCAUGCAAAAAUCGCGUCGACAUCCCAUGAGGCUGAGUCAGGUUUUUACCGUUGUGUGGAUACAACUUGUCCUUUUCGUCCUCCAGAUAGUAUCCAUCCCGGUCCUGGCUGUGGUUCUAAUUGCAGGGCUCCUUUAUGCGUAUGGGCCUGUCGCCUGCGUCGUACUCUCAGUGUGGCGCCUACGGCAGCACGAUUAUGGCAACACCGCAGGAGAUGACAGCAAAGCAAACCUGGUGCCAGCACUGACCAUAUUCUACAGUUUGGUUAUUUCCCAAGGCGUGCUCUACUUUUUAUGGCAUUUGAUCGAUGGGGCGGCGACAUUAGUUGUCAUUUCAUUCUGUGAAGAUUGCAAGUUACCGCAAAAGUGGGGCAGCAUAACAGUUGUAGAUUAUCUUAUUGAUACCCGAGCAAAAUGCUGGCGGGACCCUACAUCCAUAGAUGGUAGGAGUUUGAUCAACUAUGCUAUCGAUUUGGUUAAUUCUGAAACGCAGAAAGACUACCUCUCAGGAGUAAGGCUGCUCGACAACUUCAUUAAGCUGAAGGCCGAUGUAAGGUCUCUGCUACUCCCCUCCAGACCAAAGAUUCAGAAGCUGAUCGACACCCUAGGAUGGAGAAGCAGCGACAGGGAGCUCAGGGAGGUGGUCGCCAGGAUCGUCGCAUACCUUGCUGGUGACAUCCAUUUGUCCCAGUUUCCUGGGGCAACAUGGUGUAUAUCCUCCUUGCUCGAUACCACCAUGCCCUGUUGGAAUAACCAAGGACCCAGUCAUCAUUCACCUGUUGGUGAGUCAAAGAAGGAUGCCAAUGGCGCCAAGGAAAGAUUGAUUUCUGUUGUCAAAGGCAUAGAGCAAUACGAAGCAGAAAGUGUUAGAAACCAAGGUGGAGUGGAUAGCGAAAAAGAUGACUGGAGUGGGCUGAUUCUGCAAGGGCUGGCAAUUCUCGAGAGGCUCGCCUUCGAUCAACACAACUGCAGCGACAUAUGCAGCACCCCAGAUCUCCUCCUAAACAUCACAGCACCCCUGUACUACAAGACACUAAUCCAAGAUAUCAAUGUAAGUGCAUUGGCCGGUGUAGCAAACGGAUCGCUCAAAGUGGUGUACAGGCUCAUCCGUGCUCCCAAGUGGACUGGCAAAAGUGGUCUGGUUCGCAAAAUAUCUUCCAGCAACCAAGCACUGAGCAACCUGAAUAGCUUUCUUGAUAAGCGAAACAAGGCUGGCAAAGAACUGCGGAUGCGAGCCAUAGAAAUCCUGACAGAACUGGUUUUUGAUUCGUCUGCCAACCUCAGCAUGGAAACAAAACAAAAUCUUAUCAAGAAGCUGUUACAGAUAUUCCUUACUGAUGAUGAAGGGGAAGAAGAAAAACUUACUGUUACCGCUGGGAAAGCACUGGCAUUACUUUCCAACAUAAAAACUGUCUGUAUAUUUAUAAUGAUGGAACAUGACAACGUUGUUGAUCGUCUCAACGAAAUACUUAAUGCUAAGAACAACAUCACGUACAAGACAGGGGCAUUGUUGAUCUUCGAGAAUUUGUUCACUCACUGUACAUUGGACAAGGAUUAUGUGAAGGAAGCCUUGCUGCCAAAGGUCCUCAAGGAAGUGCUGGCUAACAGUAAACGAGACCACCCUAAAGAACAAAGCGAAAAAAAAUAUACUCCAUUGGAUAGGUAUUUUCCGAAAUUUGUAGCUCAGGCCAACACAAUAAAGGCAAUUUUUGCAAACAUAAAACAUGAAGAAAGCCAGGCAAUUUCUGGACCGGGAGAUGAUGAAGAAAACCAAGCAAUUUCUGGACAUGGAGAUGAUGAAAAAAGGCAAUGCAGCGGCCAAAUCAAGUCGCCUGAUCAGGAACAUGAGGAGAAAAAUGCUGAAAUGGAAUACCUAGAAUCAUUGUUAUCGCUUACUUUUGUGAUAUGCGACAAACUGAUCACUGCAGAUGACUUCAAUGAUGUGGUCCAAAAGAGUUCCAUCGGAGAAGUUAAAUUUGUGGCGAAGCUACAGGCUAUAAUAGAAGAUAACUGUGAGGCCAGAGCUGAUUGUGUAAGGAUCGUGAAGCUCUGCGGCCAGAUUGCGCUAUUAAUGCUGCAGCGCCGCCAGGUCACCGCGCGCCUCAAGCUAUGUGUGGACUCGCUGGAAAAGGCUUCAGAGAUCCUGUCUGACCUUGAAAGCUGCAUGGUCUUUGCAGGGACUGAUUGCGGAGUGAAGAAGACAGCCAGGCCUCUCCUCUCCGAUCUUGUGGAAAAAGCGAGAAAGUUGCUUGGUUACUAGUAGAAUGUAACUGUAAUGGCUACCCCUUUUCUGUCCUGUGUACCAGGAACAAAUAAUCAUGUUUGUGGAGCCCUGGCCUGUUUUAUUUCUCGCAUUUUCAUUAUAAAGCAACAUUGUAUUGUUGGAACACUUGGGAGUCCAGAGCUAUUGUUUCUAUAGCACCGGUCUGCUUUAUUUCUCAUGUUUUCACUGUAAUGCAAUAUUUGUUGGAAAAUUUGGA